AUGAUCAAGGUGAAGGCUGUGUGUCCCGACAAGCAUACGAGGACUUGGCUGAGUCAGCCACUCAUCAAGAACAAGGCUGCUUGCAACGUCCUCCUGUCCACAGCUAUUGUGGCCACUGGUUCCAGCCCUUACAAGGUGCUGAGGCUCCUGGAACUUAUCAACAUCCAGGCUAUUGCAGAACGGACGUACUUUCUUUACCAGACAGCGAUCGUGCAGCCUGCAAUUGAACGAGUUUGGAAUCGAGAGCAAAAGAGGCUUCUUGAAGAGAGGCGGGGAAAGAAAGUUCACUUGGCUGGAGACGGGAGGUUUGAUUCGCCGGGCUUCUCCGCUAAGUACAUGACGUACACGUUCAUGGAGAUGGACACCAACCAAGUCGUCUACUUCGUACAGGUCUGCCUUGGAGAGGCUCCUGAGGUCAAGACCAGCAACUCCAUGGAGUUGUAUGGCUGUGUCAAGGGCAUAGAUUUCCUCAAGCGGCAGGGCAUCACCAUUGAAGACUUGGUGACCGACCGUCACGUCGCCAUCAAGGGCCACAUGAAGACGAAGGAGCCCGAGAUCCAUCACUACUUCGAUGCUUGGCACAUAGCAAAAGGCGUAAGCAAAAAGAUGCUGGCGGCGAGCAAGUAUGCAGGGUGUGGUGCCUUGGUGCAAUGGGCACAGCCUGCCUCCAACCAUGUCUACUGGUGUGCGGCCAACAGCGAAGGAGAUGGCAAACUCCUCGUCGACAUGUGGAAAAGCACGAAACUUUAUGAAACUGCAGGCAUCAACAAUCAUGCCUCGGAUGUGCAUACUGGCCACGGAGGGAUCUACAACCGCUGCCUCCAUGACCCUCUCAUUGGAGAGAGGGAGUGGCUCUCUCCAGGUACCCCAGCAUACAAGCGUUUUGCAGCAAUCACGACACAACGAUUGCUGCUCAGGGACCUCGAGCACGUCUCACCCGCGGGCCAGACCUACAACCUCGAGUCUUAUCACAGUACUCUGACAAGAUUUGCCCCCAAGUCUGUUGCAUUCAAGCCCGGCAUGAUGCUUGCCAGAACCAGGCUGGCUGCCCUCCAUCAUAAUGAGAACUCCACAAGAAGCCAAGCCCUCACAAGGGACGGACGUCUCAAGUGGAAGAGGAGAAUGCAGAGGGCAAAGAAGGGGAUCGAGACCGUCAAGAAGGAGAAAACCAAGCCUACCUAUGCGUACGUCGGCGCACUUCUCCACGAAGUUGUCACUUGCUGCAACGAGUCGUCCUCCUUCAAGGAGGCACUGGAAAAGACCCGUCAGGAAGAAGUCCUUCCCAUGGCGGCGCUCUACCCAAGGCUCCCCAAAGAGCAGCUGGUGGCGCAGAGAAUGUCGCGCUUCAGCCGGGGGGCGCCAGGACACUCAUGA